GAUCGUGGGGGUGAAAAAGGUCUCUGUGUUUUCUCUGGUUUAGGGUUUCUUUCUUUCUUUCUUUCUUUCUUUCUUGCCCUUUUUCUCUUUUACGAAAUCUCUGGGACCAAAUCAGAUCUUCUCUCCAAUUGUUGUGUAAUGAGUUGUUCUAAUCGCUCGUUGAACCUUCCAUGAAAAAGUCCACUCACGAAUAACUUUCAUGAUUAGCAACAACGUGGUCAAGUUUAAUUCUUUCUGGGUUUUCGAGGGGAGAGGAGAGGAGAGGAGGGGCUUAGCUUUCUGGGUUUUCCUUCUCAUGGCUGAUCAUCAUCGCCACCUCCUUCCUUCUCCAAAUACAAUCUUCUUCUUGUAAUUCUUCUUCCUCCAUGGAGUUCUCAUUCAAUCCUAAUGUGGAAACUUUCUUCAGCUAUAUUUAUAUAGAUAAUAGUAUUACGAUAUUCAUCUGAAAUUUGCUUUGAUCUUAAACAUGGGUUGUGUCUGUGCAAAGUGCUGUACCCAUUACCCAAAGUCUUCAGACGGAGGAGAUGACAGAGACUCUGCCCAACUGAACACAUUUACUAGUCAAGGUAAACAUUUAUCUGAAGAUACCCUUUCGGAUGAUGCUCUUAUUCCUUCACACAAACUGAAGCUUGCAUAUUCUGUUCUCACACAAAGAGGUUACUACCCAGAAACGCCGGAUAAGGAUAAUCAAGAUUGCUUUUCCGUCAGAACUCAAAUUCAAGGUAACCCAAAUGUUCAUUUCUUCGGUGUGUUUGAUGGGCAUGGUCAAUAUGGUACGCAGUGUUCUAAUUUCGUUAAGGAUAGAUUAAUUGAGAUUCUGUCCGAUGAUCAGACAUUACUCGAUGAUCCGGUUAAGGCUUUCAAUUCUGCGUUUCUAGCUACGAACGACGAGUUACACAGCAGCGAAAUAGACGACACGAUGAGUGGCACGACUGCAAUCACGGUUCUAGUCGUCGGUAAUACGCUUUACGUCGCGAAUGUGGGUGACUCGAGGGCUGUGAUCGCUUUGAAAGAAGACGGUAGUGAUGAAAUUGUGGCUGAAGAUUUAUCUCAUGAUCAGACGCCUUUUCGCAACGACGAAUGUGAGAGGGUGAAGCUCUGUGGUGCUAGGGUUUUGAGUGUUGAUCAAGUGGAAGGUCUAAAGGAUCCGAAUAUUCAGACGUGGGGGGAUGAAGAGACAGAAGGCGGCGAUCCUCCCAGGUUGUGGGUACAGAAUGGGAUGUUUCCCGGGACUGCUUUUACUCGUAGCGUUGGGGAUAGUAUAGCCGAGAAGAUCGGGGUAGUUGCUGUUCCUGAGGUAUCAGUAAUUGAACUCAAACCGAAUCAUCAGUUCUUUGUAAUUGCAAGUGAUGGUGUGUUUGAGUUCUUAUCCAGUCAAAUUGUCUCUGAAUUGGUGACAAGAUACCCAGAUUCUCGAGAUGCUUGCUCAUUCAUAGCAGGAGAAUCGUGCAAAAUAUGGUUGGAGAAUGAAAACCGGACUGAUGAUAUAACGAUUAUCAUUGUGCACAUUAAAGAGUUAUCUGAUUUGGUUCCUACGAAUGUGGUGGUGGUCGGAGGAGUAGGCAGUGGGGUUAAUAACAUGGAUGGAAUGGUGCUAAAAACAGACAAAGGAAACACUCGAUGUCUAUGUCAUGCCUCAUGCCUACUAUUCCGGUAUAUUGCUGCACAAUCGGGUGAGUUGAUUAUGAAAAGGGGAAGAAACAGAAGAUCUAAACCUAGUAUUCCAUCGGAGUCCUUACCAUCUCCUCCAUUGGGCUAACUGUGAAUUUCAUUCAUCUUGUUAGUUGUAACAAGUCAGUCGUAUGAUAAUAUUGAAGUUAUAAAACAUUAUUGUAAUUCUCUUUGAUUUUUGGGCCAAGAGUAUUGCAAUU